CACUUACAUAAUCUUUACAAAAGGACUCAUUUUUUAAAAUUUAGAGAGAGAAAGAGAGUGGCGAAGCAACCGAGGUGACGGUGGUAGUGGUGUGGUGGUGGUGGUGGAGGAGAGAAGGUGGUGUUGCUGCUUCAACCUGCCACCCUCUUAUUUUACUAUUUUUCUCUUUGUUUCUUUAUUGUUUAUUUCUUCACUCCCUCUCUAUCUCUGCUCCCUCCCCUCCUCUGUAUCUGUGUGUGUUUUGCUUGCUAAGUAAGCAGAGUAUAGAGAGCAUCAUAACAAGUAGAAGUGAAAGAGAGUUUUAAGGAAAAUACAGAAAAGAAGGUUGGGAAGGAGACCCGAUGCAAGCUCGAGAAGUGAGAUUUGGGAUUUGAUGCAAUGUCUUCGAUGCCCAGCUCGAGGCAACAACAUCACCAAAAACAACAACAAUCCCUUGAUCACUUCCACAACAACAUUCACAGGAGAAGAAGAACCCUUAUUACGUUCUUCCUUGCCAUCGUCUUCUCAAUUUCAUCUUCAGAAGCCACUCCUAACCAUGAAGCACUCACACUCCUCACGUGGAUAAGUGAUGCUUCUUCAACUGUAGCCUCUGCUUUCCAUGAUUGGAACCCACAAGACCCAAACCCCUGUAAAUGGAGCUACAUUUCUUGCUCUGCUCAUGGCUUCGUCACCCAAAUCACCAUCAAUUCCAUCGUGCUUGCCCUUCCUAUCCCUUCCAAUCUCUCCUCCUUUGCUUUCCUUCAAACCCUCAUCAUCUCCGAUACCAAUCUCACCGGAACAAUUCCCACGGAUAUCGGAGACUGCCCUUCUCUCACAGUCAUGGACUUCAGCUCAAACAGUCUAGUGGGUAGUAUUCCGGCGACCAUUGGAAAGCUCAGGAACCUUCAAGAAUUGAUCUUGAACUCAAAUCAACUAACCGAUAAGAUCCCUUCCGAGAUUGGUAACUGCGUUAGUCUUCAAAAUCUUCUCCUCUUCGAUAACCGUCUUGGAGGCUCUCUGCCUCUCGAGCUCGGCAAACUGUCGAGCCUUCAAGUUCUUCGCGCAGGAGGGAACAAAGACAUCGUUGGGAAAAUCCCAGAUGAAAUCGGAAACUGUGGAAACCUCACUUUAUUAGGUCUUGCAGAUACUCAGAUUUCUGGGUCAUUGCCUGCUUCAUUGGGUAAGCUCAGUAAGCUCCAGACGCUCUCUGUUUAUACAGCCAUGCUUUCCGGUGAGAUUCCACCGGAGAUUGGUAACUGUUCGGAGCUUGUAAAUCUGUAUCUCUAUGAGAACUCACUCUCUGGUUCACUUCCACCGGAAAUCGGCAAUCUAGGGAAGCUCGAGAGGAUGUUUCUAUGGCAAAACGACUUUGUUGGGACAAUUCCGGAUGGGAUUGGAAACUGUAGAAGCUUAAUCAUGCUCGACCUCUCCUUGAAUUCUUUCUCUGGAACCGUUCCUCUAUCUUUUGGGGGUCUCUCGGAGCUCCAGGAGCUGAUGCUGAGUAACAAUAACAUCUCUGGUUCGAUACCCUCUGUUCUCUCCAAUGCUACGAAUCUUGUCCAGUUGCAACUCGAUACCAAUCAGAUCUCUGGUUUGAUUCCGCCUGAGCUUGGCUUGUUAGCGAAUCUGAAUGUCUUCUUCGCUUGGCAGAACCAACUUGAGGGCAGCAUUCCAUCUAGCUUGGCGAGCUGCAGUGGUCUUCAAUCGCUUGAUCUGUCUCACAAUGGGCUCACUGGGAUCAUUCCUCCCGGUCUGUUCAAUCUUCAGAAUUUAACGAAGCUCCUCCUGAUAUCUAAUGACAUCUCGGGUUCGAUUCCGGCGGAGGUGGGCAACUGCAGCUCCCUUGUUCGACUGCGAUUGGGAAAUAAUAGGAUCAGUGGAGAGAUUCCGAAACAGAUUGGAAGUCUCAAGAGCAUCAAUUUUCUUGAUCUUUCUGAGAAUCGAUUAACUGGAUCGGUCCCAGAUGAGAUUGGGAGCUGCACAGAGUUGCAGAUGUUGGACCUUAGUUACAACUCACUUGGAGGAGCUCUGCCCAACUCUGUAUCCUCUCUCACUGCCCUUCAGGUGUUUGAUGUUUCAUCAAACCAGUUCAUUGGUCCCAUUCCAGCAAGCAUCGGCCGUCUUGCUUCAUUGAAUAAGCUCAUCCUCGGUAAAAACUCCUUCUCUGGAUCAAUACCUUCAUCACUCGGCCUCUGCUCAAAUCUCCAAUAUCUUGACCUUAGCAGCAAUGGCCUUUCUGGCAAUAUCCCUAUAGAGUUGUGUCAAUUAGAGGAUCUUGACAUUGCUCUCAAUUUGAGUGGCAAUUCCCUCACAGGGCCAAUUCCUACUCAGAUAUCAUCACUCAACAAGCUCUCCAUACUUGACCUCUCACAUAACAAGCUCGAUGGGGACUUAACACCCCUUGCUGGGCUUGCCAAUCUUGUCUCUCUCAACAUUUCCUACAACAAUUUUACCGGUUAUCUUCCCGACAACAAGCUAUUCCGGCAGUUAUCGGCGACAGAGUUGGGUGGCAACCAAGGCUUGUGUGUAAGGGGCAGAGACUCUUGUUUCCUGAGCAAUGUUGCUGGGAUGCAAAUGGCAAGUGACGACUUGGCUCGAUCGCGAAAGCAUAAGUUGGCAAUUGUGUUGCUUAUCACAUUGACAGUGGUGAUGACGAUCCUAGGAACAAUUGCAGUGAUUCGAGCACGUAGAGUUAUCAGAGAUGAUAAUGAUUCGGAGAUGGGGGGAGAUUCUUGGCCUUGGCAAUUCACUCCAUUUCAGAAGCUCAAUUUCACAGUUGAUAAAGUAUUAAGAUGCCUUGUGGAUGCCAAUGUGAUUGGGAAGGGCUGUUCAGGGGUGGUAUAUCGUGCAGAUAUGGACAAUGGUGAAGUGAUUGCAGUGAAGAAGCUCUGGCCAACAACAAUGGCUACCACUAAUAACAAUGACAGGUGCGUUGUCCGCGACUCUUUCUCGGCGGAGGUGAAGACAUUGGGCUCUAUCCGUCACAAGAACAUUGUUAGGUUCUUGGGCUGCUGCUGGAAUAGAAACACAAGACUGCUAAUGUACGAUUACAUGCCCAAUGGAAGCUUGGGUAGCCUCCUCCAUGAGAGGAAUGGUGGUUGCUUGGAGUGGGAAUUGAGGUACCAGAUUGUGUUGGGAGCUGCACAAGGCCUGGCUUACUUGCAUCAUGACUGUGUCCCUCCCAUUGUCCACAGGGACAUCAAAGCCAAUAACAUCCUCAUUGGUCUUGAAUUUGAGCCUUACAUUGCUGAUUUUGGGCUGGCUAAACUCGUCGACGAUGGAGAUUACCUUCGGUCAUCCAACACUGUUGCUGGUUCAUAUGGUUACAUUGCUCCUGAGUAUGGAUAUAUGAUGAAGAUCACAGAGAAGAGUGAUGUUUAUAGUUAUGGGGUUGUUGUAUUGGAAGUUUUAACUGGGAAGCAACCCAUUGAUCCAACAAUACCAGAUGGCCUCCAUGUGGUUGAUUGGGUGAGGCAGAGAAAGGGAGGAAUUGAGGUUCUUGAUCCCAGCUUACGCUCCCGGCCUGAAUCAGAGGUAGAAGAGAUGAUGCAGGCAUUGGGUGUGGCCUUACUAUGCGUAAAUCCUUCCCCAGAUGAAAGGCCAGCCAUGAAAGAUGUGGCGGCCAUGCUCAAGGAGAUCAGGCAUGAAAGAGAAGAGUACGCUAAGGUUGAUGCACUCCUAAAAGGAUCUCCGGUCACUGAUCGCCAAAAUAAUAACACUGGAGCAGGUCCUACAACUUCAUCAUCAACCACACCAAAGCUUUGCUCAUUCCCACAAAGCAACAACACCAGCUUCUCUGCAUCAUCCCUCCUAUAUUCAUCUUCCUCCAUCGCCAAAAAGGCUUUCAAGUGACAUACCUUGUCCUUUCCAUCCUCGCCCUCAGUUUUUUCAUUUCCAUAUUCUCUUGAUGUAAAGAAGAAAGGUUGAUAAUUCAUUGACUAGUAGAACAACAAAUGAAGCCAAUUGUUAAUAGUUUGGCUUUUUGAAUAUUUGAUUGAUCGUUGUUCACUAGCUUUGGAUCCACUCUGAAGUUCCCCAAUCACACCUCACCCCAGCAUAAUCAGUCAUGAGAGAAUUAUCUCCUUGGACAAACAGUUGCAAGAUCAUAUAUACCAUCACGUAUUCCUCAAUGCCAAAGCUUCACCAUCUAAUCCACUGCACAUUUCAUGGUUUGCAGAAUCAGAAUCGCAUCAGUUGAAAUGGCCGAAUAGGCUGAGACCGAUCUCGAUUUCAAACGAUUCCUGCAACUCUUUUAUUAGUCGUUUCAUCUUCAUUGAGUCACCCAAGAGCAUGGCUGUGCUCCAGUAAACCAGCCCAUUCAGAGAGGGCAUCGAUCAAGCAUCAGAAAAGCCUCAUGAGAUGGCCCUCCACGACCAAUGCACACUCUGGCGCCGGGCUCAUUUAAUUCUUGCAAAUCCAGAAUUUAAUCUAGGGUUUCCUUUGUAACGUAUCAGGUAUUAUUUGAAAAUUGUGUUUGAUGCAGCGGAGGCUAUAACAGUGAUGAAGUCAAGAUAGAUCUUUCAACACGCUUUGAUCAGGAAAAAGUCUUGAUGAGAUGAAUAUAUUGGCUACAGGAAUAGAGUUCAUUUGCUA